GUGUGAUCAGCCAUGUUCCAAAGCCCAGUGGCCUUUACUCUCCUGACUUUGGGAAGUGUGAUGCCGUCACCGCUGGCCCCCUGCCACUACCUCCCCAGGGAGCUGUCCCCAUCAGUGGACUCCCGGCCCUGUAGCAGCCCCUCUGAGCUCCCAGGCAAGGCAGCGAAGCUCUUCCUGGGGGUCACUCCUCCUCGGGCCCCCCGGCUGCCUCGCCGGCUGGCCUGGUGCUCCAUUGACUGGGAACAGGUCCACUUGCUACACAGGCUGGGAGCCGGAGGGUUUGGCUCAGUCUACAAGGCCACUUACCGCGGUGUUCCUGUGGCCAUCAAGCAAGUGAACAGGCGCACCAAGAACCCACGAGCCGCCCAGCGGAGUUUCUGGGCCGAGCUCAACGUUGCCAGGCUGUGUCACAACAACAUAGUCAGGGUGGUGGCCGCCAGCACCCGAACGCCUGCAGGCUCCAAUAGUCUGGGUACCAUCAUCAUGGAGUUUGGGGGUGACAUCACUUUACACCAAGUCAUCUAUGGUGCCACCAGCUACCCUGAGGAGAAGCCAGGGGAGCCUCACCCCUGCAAAGGGAAGCAUUUAGGCUUGGGGACGUGUCUAAGGUAUUCUCUAGAUGUUGUAAGCGGCCUGCUUUUCCUCCACUCACAAAGCAUCGUGCACUUGGACCUGAAGCCUGCAAACAUCUUGAUCAGUGAGCAGGAUGUCUGUAAAAUUGGUGACUUUGGUUGCUCUGAGAACCUAGCAGAUCUGCAAUGUCUCCAGACCUCUCUGUACCACCUAGGCGGCACAUACACUCACCAAGCCCCAGAGCUCCUCAGAGGAGAGCCCAUCACUACUAAGGCUGACAUCUAUUCCUUCGCCAUCACCCUCUGGCAAAUGACCACCCGGGAAGUGCCCUACUUGGGGGAGAGGCAGUACGUGCUCUAUGCGGUGGUGGCCCACAAUCUCCGCCCAUCCCUGGCAGCAGCUGUCUUCAGAGACUCUAUCCUUGGGCAGAGGCUGGAAAGAAUGAUCAAAUGCUGCUGGGGGGCCCUUGCUGCGCAGAGACCCAGUGCAGAGCUCCUGCUGGAGGAGCUGAGCUCUCUAAAAGAGCUCUCUGCAGUGGACUCUGAGCCUGGAUCCAGAUAAGCGUUUGUCUUUGUUUCUAUUUGUUUUUAAAGAGGUAGAGAUGUAAAAGAAAACAUAUUUGUAGGAUUCUUCGAAAAUAAAGUUGC